GCUUGGCAGAUAGGUUCUCGGCCUCAAUAUCAAUCUUACUUACCAGUAUCACUUUACACAUUGAUACAUUGCGGUACAUGCAGAUAACAAUAACAGUAUUCCGGUACUGGAUUCAAUCACUUAAGCUUUACUUCUAGUGCUAGUGAGCUAUUUGGCAGCGUAGUGGCGGAAUGAUCGAAGCUUGGCACAAUGACGGUAUGGCUUUAUGUGUAAUCACUAAAAUAGUGUGCCAAUUGAACCUUAUAUGUACUCCCCAUCCACAUUUAUUCAUCUGGUUUCUCAAGAUCCCCAUCUUCUUUUCCCAAUUCGGAGUUGUGCGGGGAACUUGGCAUUUACGAGAUUCCCGAAUUGAAUAUAAACAAGAAGGCCAAGGAAUAUCUAGUAAAUAUUCUUCCAAAUACUACAAUCCGCAGUAAAUGUUGGGGUUCCGUCAAAGCGAUGUUUGUUGAUUGUUUUGCCCUGAGAUCUAGGAAAGCUUCUGGACUUUAGCUUUCACAGCCAUGAUUUGACACUUGGCAAUAUCAGUGCUUCUCACUUCGUGCUUGGUAUCAGGACCAGUUCCUAUUCCAAUCCUCAACUUCUCAGUUCAGAUUCUUGGCAAGUACAAGUCUGGCCAUGAGAUCAACUAUCCCAAAGCAAAAAUCAGGAUGGGAAAAAGUGUAUAAGAAGGGUGUGAAAGUCUGGUAUCAAUCACGCUUCCUCAUCAACACAAACACAACUCAAUCAACACUCUAAGUUACUCUACCCUUUGAACAAUCAAACAUCCAAUACUUUAAUACCUUGAAAACAAUCAAACCUGACCCAGUCACAAUGAAGUUCACCAUUGCCGCCACAGUUGCAAUGCUCCUCACAACGACAGCCAUCGCAGCUCCAACAGAUGGCGGCGCAACCUAUGCAUCCUAUGGUAGUUACCCAUGGGUAAAUGGGGCCCCAGUAAACGAACAAGAUGCUUCGAAGGAUGACCCAAAAACCCCUAAUUUACCAUCACAUGUUGUCUAUACUAGCACCUACAGUGUAGUUGCUCUCGGAUCCGAAGUUCGCAAUGGAACCGUCUCGGUCCCGGGCCCUUCAAAUGCGAUCGGCUAUUUCAAUUACGGAAUCAACUCUCACGAAGAUACUAUUUGCUACAACAUCACCCUACUCAACGUAGCCGGAACCUAUCAAUCACCCGCCAAAACCGCAACUCAUAUUCACGAAGCCGUCCGCGGUGCAUCCGGACCUCCUCGUCUUGCACUCCCGAAUCCGGUCGGUGAUGAUCAUCGUCGAAAUAGUGUGGGUUGCAUGACCGGCCCUUUCACAACGGGUCUUAAUGCGCCUAAUGGAGGACCUGAUACUGGUACUGGUUUCAAGGUUGCGCAGAUCGAAGCUAAUCCAGCGGGAUUCUUUACAGAUGCUCAUACCAAUCUUUUCCCGUUGGGUGUUGUUAGAGGCCAGCUUGCAUAGAUGUGAGGUGGCUGGAAGUGCAUACUUGUGGUUUUUCAUAAUGGUUCAUGGGUUUCGGAAUUGGAUAAAGGGGGGAGGAGGGGGGGUAAUGACUUAUGUGUUGGAAAUGUAUUUAUGAUUUUUUGAUAUUUAUGUAGUAUAAUUCAUCUUUAUGAGAAUUUUAAACGCAGCA